ACCAAACUUCACACACUCGCACACACCUUUCUUCUCUCGCUCACACACUCUACUCUCUCACACACACUCACACUUGGGACGUUUCUCAACAGUUGGACGAAUGGUUUCCUUCAGAGGGUUACUGAGAAAACACUUUUAAUUUUACACCUCAUUCUGAACCUCAGCCAGUACAUCUCUCUCUCUCUCUCUCGUGCUCUCUCUCUCUCUCUCUCUCUCUCUCUCUCUCUCUAUCUUUCACACACGUUUCUCACAGCAGAACGACACAUUUUCUGCUUUUUUUUCCUUUUUUCUCUCCGUACCUGGAGCUCCUCGGGGCAGUCUGCACUGUAAUCAUGCUUGCCGAGAGUCAAAUCCAGAGUAAAGAUGAGACCAUGGUCCCGGUACUAACAUCCAAAAAAGCCAGUGAACUUCCUGUGAACGAAGUGGUGUGUGUGCUGCAGGCUGACCUGCAGUUUGGUCUCACUGACACAGAGGUGAGCAGGAGGAGAGCGUAUCACGGCUGGAACGAGUUCGACAUCAGCGAGGAUGAGCCGCUCUGGAAGAAAUAUCUGUCUCAGUUUAAAGAUCCUCUCAUCAUGCUGCUGCUGGCGUCGGCGGUGAUCAGUGUAGUGAUGCGUCAGUUUGACGACGCUGUCAGCAUUACAGUGGCCAUCAUCAUUGUUGUAACUGUGGCCUUCGUCCAGGAGUACCGCUCGGAGAAGUCCCUGGAGGAGUUGGGGAAGUUGGUUCCUCCUGAGUGUCACUGUGUUAGAGAAGGCCGUCUGGAACACAUGCUGGCAAGGGACCUUGUACCCGGAGACACGGUCUGUCUGUCUGUGGGUGAGAGAGUUCCGGCUGACCUCCGUCUGUUUGAGUCUUUAGAUCUGUGUGUAGAUGAAUCCAGUCUGACAGGUGAGACCACGCCCUGCUCUAAAACCGUCGCCCCUCAGCAGGUCAGUGGAGAUCUCACAUCCCGCAGCAACAUCGCCUUCAUGGGGACGCUGGUGUGUUCUGGCAAGGCUAAGGGCAUCGUCAUAGGAACAGGCGAGGACUCGGAAUUCGGCGAAGUCUUCAAAAUGAUGCAGGCGGAAGAGUCUCCUAAAACUCCUCUGCAGAAGAGCAUGGACGUUCUCGGGAAGCAGCUCUCGCUCUACUCCUUCUGCAUCAUAGGUGUCAUCAUGAUGGUGGGCUGGAUGCAGGGGAAAAACCUCCUGGACAUGUUCACUAUUGGAGUCAGUUUGGCAGUAGCUGCUAUCCCAGAAGGCCUUCCCAUCGUAGUGACGGUCACGCUGGCUCUGGGUGUGAUGAGGAUGGUGAACAAAAGAGCCAUUGUCAAGAAGUUACCUAUAGUUGAGACCCUGGGUUGCUGUAACGUGAUCUGCUCAGAUAAAACAGGAACUCUGACGAAGAACGAGAUGACGGUCACGCAGGUCUUCACCUCGGAUGGACAGCGUGCUGAGGUGACAGGUGUGGGCUAUAAUGGAGCUGGUGAGGUGCUGAUAGAUGGGAAGGUGGUUCACGGCUUCUCCAACAUUUCCAUCAGUAAACUUGUGGAGGCUGGCUGUGUGUGUAACGAUGCUGUAUUGAGGAACAACACACUGAUGGGUCAACCCACAGAGGGCGCUCUUAUCGCUCUGGCCAUGAAGGUGGGACUGGAAAGCGUGCAGCAGGAGUUUGUGCGUUUGGAAGAGAUCCCGUUCUCCUCGGAGCAGAAGUGGAUGGCUGUUCGCUGUGUCCAUCGCACUCAGCAGGACAAACCAGGAGUGUUUUUCAUAAAAGGAGCCUUCGAGAAGGUGAUCCAUCUCUGUAAAACGUACCACAGUAAAGGCGCCUCAGUGCCUCUGAGCAACCAGCAGAGGGAGCUGUACCAACAAGAGAAGACAUACCUGGGCAGUGCAGGACUCAGGGUACUUGCCUUUGCCUCGGGAUCUGAAAUGAGUUCUCUGACAUUCCUCGGCCUGGUGGGCAUCAUCGAUCCUCCGAGGUCAGGCGUUAAAGAAGCCAUUCACACGCUGGUGAACUCUGGAGUGUCUGUCAAAAUGAUCACAGGAGACUCUCAGGAGACGGCAGUGGCCAUCGCCAGUCGUCUGGGUCUGUAUUCUAAAGGAGCUCAUUGUUUGUCCGGAGACGAUGUGGAUGGCAUGGACAUUCAGGAGCUUUCACAGAUCGUCUCCAGGACAGUGGUGUUUUACAGAGCCAGUCCCAGACACAAAUUGAAAAUAGUCAAGUCCCUGCAGAACAUUGGUGCGGUGGUGGCGAUGACUGGUGACGGCGUGAAUGACGCAGUGGCUCUGAAGGCGGCUGACAUCGGCGUGGCCAUGGGUCAGACGGGGACAGACGUGUGUAAAGAAGCAGCGGACAUGAUCCUGGUGGACGACGACUUCCAGACCAUCAUGUCGGCCAUCGAGGAGGGAAAAGGCAUUUACAACAACAUCAAGAACUUCGUACGUUUCCAGCUCAGCACGAGUAUCGCAGCUCUGACACUCAUCUCUCUGGCCACACUGAUGAAUUUCCCGUCUCCUCUGAAUGCCAUGCAGAUCCUCUGGAUCAACAUCAUCAUGGAUGGACCUCCAGCUCAGAGUUUGGGCGUGGAGCCUGUGGACAGAGACGUGAUCCGUAAACCUCCACGAAACGUGCGAGACAGCAUCCUAACACGCAGCCUCAUCGCCAAGGUCCUCGUCUCGUCCUUCAUCAUCGUCUGUGGAACGCUCUUCGUCUUCUGGUGGGAGCUGCGGGACAAUGAGAUCACACCACGUGACACCACCAUGACCUUCACCUGCUUCGUCUUCUUCGAUAUGUUCAACGCCCUCAGCUCUCGUUCUCAGACCCGUAUGGUAUAUGAGAUUGGGUUGUGUAGUAACAGGACGUUCUGCUUCGCGGUUCUCGCCUCCAUCAUGGGGCAGCUGCUGGUCAUUUACUUCCCUCCUCUGCAGAAAGUCUUUCAGACCGAAAGCCUCAGCAUUCUGGAUCUGCUCUUCCUGGUCUGCCUGACGUCCUCCGUGUGCUUCGUUUCCGAACUCAUAAAGUCACUGGAGAGGUGCAGAGGAGGAGAAGAGAAAGACGAAAAAGACGAGUGUGACUCUUUCCAUGAAGUAUGACGAACGCUGCGUCUCUGCGAGCAGCGAACGGCAUCUUCUCGCCCUGAGGGAGGGGGUUGGGAGGUUUUGAGGGGUUGGGGGUAGGGGGUGGUCUGAUGGAGUUGAUUGGAUUUGCACUGGCUCGUUCACGUCUCGGACUUCAGGGCAGAGAGGUCGAAGGUCAUCCUGUUUUUGGGUGGCUUUUUUUUGUGUUUGAUUUCUCCUGGUCUGAGCGCUGAGGGAGAACCGGACCCGUCUCGCACCUCCCCUCUGUGCUGCUGUAAGACUCCACUAUGACUCCAUAACGUCUGGACGAAGUGUGUAAUCAGACUGUCCACGUCUCCUGGUUAUAUACACCUCGAAAUUUUUCUAUUCUCUCUCUCUCUCUCUCUCUCUCUCUCUCUCUCUCUCUCUCUCCGUCUCUCAGCUCCCUGAACUGUUGCUGGUUGUAGUUUUGUGGAACAAUACGUCUCGCGCCUCUGCGUAUUCAGGCCUCGAGCUCGGGUCCGUCGUGUCCUGUGGGCCAGUGAAUGGUUUUAGGUUUUAGUUUUUCUUCUUUCAGUUCGUAACCCGGUACGUUCACGUCGUAUCCAAAGCUGUGACGAGUUUUCGCGCCGUUCCCACGGUAACACGGGCACACGCCUGACCUCCACCCGCGUAUGAAGGAGAAACCCCUCGAUGCCGAACUCGAGGUUUUCCUAUAAUAUUCCUAUUCAGUCUCAGACACAGCUGACCACUAUAUUAUUAUUAUUAUUAUUAUUAUUUUAAACGGUUAUUUCCACACAAAACGGGCGAUUAGACAAUUUCCGUAGCGACGUUCACGUGCACUGUUGGGCUGCAGCGUCGGUGAAGACCAUCAUGAAGAAAAGCACUGAGAUAGAUAGAAUCCUUUAAUGAUUAUUACGAUUUUUCAUUUUAAAUCUGCACACAACAUGUGUAACACUUAAAAACGCAUUAUCAGCAAAAAGAAACGCACCGUUCGCUUUACCUCAGAGACGCUUCUGCUUCCUGCUUCCUCUUCCUCUUCUGCUUCUUUACUCGCCACUUUAUCACAAUAACCCUAUAAUCCUCCAUCACAAAGCAAAUCGUUUGAUGUUAUUUUUUAGUCGUGUUGCGUUUGAACACUGGAUCGCUCGAUUAUUGCGCACUUUGUUUCUAGUUUGCGCUGACUCCUCCCCCUUUCUUUUGGCCCCGCCUCUGUAGCAUAGUUUGAGCACUUUUGAGUUUCUUGAUAAAAUCGUUUAUUCCUAAACGAUUUCAUGAAGCUUGCUUGCUGCGUUUGGGGUAAAAAGCCUUCAGCACUGUGUGUAGAAAACGUUCUGGUGUACGUCAUGUUUACACGUGUGGGUGAGGACGUUAUUAUGAAGACAUUACUAUGGGUUUAUUUUUUUUUUUCUUUUCAUUUAACAAAACGUACUACAGAAUAAAAUCAAAUGAUGGAGCCAAAAUGACCGACUACCUACAGAAGAACCCUGAUGCUAAGAAUAAGAAGAAUAAGAAGAUUUAGCUGUAAAUGUCUCUGUACAGCAGAACGCAUUCCCAGUCGAACGCCGCGAGCCGACGCGUUCAGCUCCACGCUUUUCUUCAUAUUGAGGAACGAUACACUGAAUGGUUUUUCCCCUCCCUCGCUGCGUUCGUCUCCACACGCCGACCCGCUGAACGCUUCCGCAACCGGUUUUGUUUUUGGGUCAGUGGAUAUUACGUGUUUUUUCCCCUCUUUUUUUUCUGAGAGUGAACUGGUCACAAACCUGAAAUGGAUUUUGGGGCUUAUUAUUAUUAUUAUUAUUAUUAUUAUUAUUAUUAUUAUUAUUAUUAUUAAUAACUGAUUUUUUUUUUUUUAAAUAUUGUAUUUAAUUUAUUUUCAGUUAUGCACAAUUGAAGUUUAUGAUCUGUUGUGGCUGUUUCAGAACAUGAUUGUACAUUAAAAUUUCUACAAAUCUUUAACAAGA